AAAAUUAAUUCAAACAUGGCGACUGGUGUUACCCCCCUCUCCAAACCCCCCCAUGAACCUCCCAUCCCCACCCCCACCCCCACCGUCGACCUUCCCCCUCAGUCCUCCUCCGCAGCCGCCACUCCCCCUUCCACCUCUGCCGCCACUCCGCCAACCGUCACUCCCCGCCCUCCCGAACCCGACGCCGACGUCAUUCACAUCCCCAGCUAUUCGCGGUGGUUUACGUGGAAUGGUAUUCAUGAAUGCGAGGCCAGGUUCGUGCCGGAGUUCUUUGAUGGGAGGUCGCCCUCGAAGAACCCUAGGGUUUACAAGUAUGGGAGAACCCUAAUCGGAAAAUCACCUUCACCGAGGUGCGGAAGACAAUCGUUGGUGACGUGGGGUCCGUUCGGAGGGUUUUCGAUUUCCUAGAGGCUUGGGGGUUGAUUAAUUAUGCCGGUUCUACUACGAAACCCCAGCUGAAAUGGGAGGAUAAAGAGACCAAGUCCGCCGCUGCUGCCGCUGCCGCAGCACAUGGCGGCGACGUCGCCGCUGGUGGCGCCGGAGCUGAUGUUGCUGUGCAGAAAAAGAGGAUCUGCAGUGGUUGCAAGGCUGCUUGCACCAUUGCUUGCUUUGCCUCUGAUAAGCAUGAUAUGACACUUUGUGCAAGGUGCUAUGUGCGGGGUAAUUAUCGGGUGGGUCUGAGUUCUUCAGAUUUUAAACGGGUUGAGAUCAGUGAAGAGGCGAAGACAGAUUGGAGUGAUAAAGAGACAUUGCAACUUCUAGAAGCUAUCAUGCAUUAUGGUGAUGAUUGGAAGAAAGUUGCAGAGCAUGUUGGUGGGAGAACUGUGAAAGAAUGUGUAGCUCGGUUUAUAAAGCUUCCAUUCGGCGAACAGUUUGAUGGUCCUCCAGAAUCUGCAGAGCCGGAUACGGAGUUAGGCUUACAAAAUGUAGCACUACCAAACAAAAGGAUGCGCCUCUCACCACUUGCAGAUGCAAGUAACCCAAUAAUGGCGCAGGCUGCUUUCCUUUCCACAUUGGUUGGAGUAGAUGUUGCAGAAGUGGCAGCACGUGCAGCAGUAGCGGCUUUGUCUGAUCUCGGUGAUGGGAAACAGCAAGAAUCUGGUAAUGCAUCAAAUGGUAAUAACCGGAAUAUGAUAGAAGAAGCUCUUACUGAAGCAAAAUUGCAGCUUGAGAAGGAAGAAGAGGAGCUGGAGAAAGCGAUAUCUGGGAUUGCCACUCAGACAAAGGAGAUUGAAGACAAGAUUAAUCACUUUGAGGAUUUUGAGUUGCAAAUGGAGAGGAAAAGGCAACACUUUCAACAGCUGCAGAACCGGCUUUUUGCUGAUCAACUAACUCUUCUGUUCAAUAAAACUGCUGCACCGAAAAUGGGUGAGAACAUAGGCGAGGCUGUCAAAAGCGAAUGAUAUCUUGAUGUGCUACUCUCCACUUUGUGAUCUCUUCAAACCUUCUGUUAUGUAACUCCUUUGUAUUGGAUAAAAUUAAAUAUUGCGGAUUAGGAGGGACCCUUGAGCUGAAUUGUUGUCCUUGGACUAGGUAUUUGAUUGAUGUAUAUUCUGAUUGUAGCGUCUAGAUAGAAGGCUUCUGAUUGGCGCAUCUAGAUAGGAGGGUGUGCAGUCAAUGUGACACAAAACUAGCACCAAUCGCCAUUUGUAUCCCAUGUCUUCUUUAUGUGAUGCAAUUGCUUCUAAAAGAGAAGACAAAUGAAGAAGAACCUCCAAUGUAACAAAUAUGUUCUAACU